AUGGGGUACCUUUCUGUGGGGGUGAGCCGCAAGGGCUACACCUCGAAGCCCCCGGUCCCGGAGGAACGCAAAGUCAACCGCCUUCACGGAGAGGCGAUGAAGAAGCAGAAGGACGCGACGGAGGCGGCCGCCGCCAGGAAGACGAAGAGGAAGGAAAAGCACGAGAAGGAGUGCAAGAUUGCACGCACGGAGGGAAAGUCGCGGCCCGCCACGCCUGAGUCCACCGAGGAGGAGGACUCCUCGGACGCCAAGCUCAACUUCUCGGAUGACGACGAGGCGGCGACAGGCGCGGGUUCCCCGCCGGUCUAUCGAGGGGCUGGCGACAGGGAUGUGCCAGUGACACUGGGGGAGGCGAGGCUCACAUCAGGGUCGUUGGUGGAUCCGCCCCUUGCGAGGACAGAGCGGAGGUCGCCCACGUUGGCGGCGGGACGAGGGUCGCCCACGCCAGCAGCGGGCAGGAGAUCGUCCACACCCGUGACGGGGCAGAGGUCACCCCCGCCGGCGACGGGUAGGAGGACACCCACGCCCGCGGUGUCGACGGGUGGCGGCGGGUCCGUGGCGAGUGCAGAGACACCUGCGCAGACGGCCUCGAGGCGCCAGACCGACCCGAGGGUGGCGCCCUCGGGCCCGUCAUCGGGAGGCGUCAGCGUGCCGCGGGCCCGGAGGAGCGGCUCGGGCAAGCGCAGCAUGAGCGCCCGGAGGAGCGGCUCGGGGAAGCGCAGCAUGAGCGCCCGGUUAGGGCAAGCGCAGCAUGAGCGCCCGGUCAGGUCUCCUGAUUAG